AAAUAGCUUGAAAUCAAUCAGACCUACAGAGAUAGACAUCAGAAAUGAAAGCCCUUUACUUCUCCUUCAUCUUGUUAGCUCUCUUUUUCUCCCUCGCCGCGAGCGACUACUCGGAGGAUUGUGUAUACACCAUUUAUGUGAAAACUGCGUCGGUGAUCAAAGGAGGUACGGACUCAAAGAUUAGUCUUGUACUAGGGGAUCCAUGGGGAAACUCGGUGUGGAUCCCAAAUCUCAAGUCGUGGGGCCUCAUGGACCCUAACCAUGACUACUUUGAGCGCGGCAACCUCGACGUCUUCAGUGGCCGUGGUGUUUGCAUCGAGCCACCAGCCUGCCGCCUCAACUUGACCUCCGACGGGUCGGGGCCUCACCACGGCUGGUACGUUGAGUACAUGCAGGUCACCUCCACGGGGCCCUAUAGGUCGUGUAGUCAGACUGUGUUUUAUGUUGAUCGAUGGCUAGCCACCGAUGUUCCGCCGUAUGAGUUGACGGUAGUCCUCGAUAAGUGCGAUAUGUGGGAUGAAUCACCGGAGCAUGGGAUAAAUGCGGCAUUUGAGGUUGGGAAUAAUGCCGGACGAUCUACAGCAUCUGCUUGAGAUUUUGGGUGGUUGACACGAAGUUGAGCUAGCUUUUUCUUUUUUUUCUUUUUUUUUUUUUUUGGGGCCUCUUUUGAUGUUUUCAGGUUCAUUUUGCAUGGAUUUUGUUAGGAGAAAAUGAAAAUCUUGAGCAUUG